GGGCUUCAUGAAUAAUAGUCAAGGCCCGCCUUAACUGAGUAAGCCCGCUUCAAUUUCACUGUUCCUCAAGAAUAAUUCAUCAGCCGCAUACCCCAAAAUUAAUUAUACCUUGUGGAACAGUGAUUUAUACUAAUUCUUUAGUUCACGAAUUUACCCCUGGAUCCACUUCAAAAAACUGAUAAUUUCGUGAAUUGCCGCCUUAACUACGCCAUUCCUUCAACUCAGUGGGCCUCAGUUCUUGAAGGGCGAGAAAAUAGAGCAGGUGUCGAGUUCUUGAAGGGCUCGUCGGAAAACAAGUGUGGAGUUCGUCGCAGAUCUGGAGUCAAGGUGCCCCUUGUGCAUUUUGUUUUCGUUGAGCUAGGGUUUCUGUUCUCCCAGUACUUUAAGACUCCUGUUUUAUGUUUGUUUCUUGUGAAUCAUAAUGCCGACAGACGACGUUAAUGCAUUGUGUAUAUACUUGUUAUUGGAAGAACAACUUUUCCAUCAACAGUUGGUUUUGUUAUUGGUAGCUUACCACGUUAUGGUUAGGAUAACAUCGCGCAAGCGAAAAAGGGGGUCCUACAUGCCUGCUUUUAGUAUGAUUGAACGCAUUCCUGAUCAAAAUAGGCAUAUGAAUAGGCUCGUGGGUGUUAGUGAUGUCGAUUGUCUCGCGAACUUACGUAUGGACCGCAACACUUUCGGUCGACUAUGCACUUUGUUACGUGAGUCAGGGGGGUUGUCGGAUGGAAGGCACAUUAGGGUAGAAGAGCAAGUGGCAAUGUUUUUGUCCGUUCUAGCGCACCACAAAAAAAAUAGGGUUGUUAGGUUCGAUUUCUGGCGGUCUGGUCAAACUGUGUCAAGAUUCGUGCAUCUCGUACUCAAGGCAGUCCUGAAAUUGCACGUUGUCUUAUUCGUGAAACCAGUACCUGUUCCAGAUGAUUGUACUGACAGCCGGUGGCGAUGGUUCAAGGGCUGUUUGGGUGCCCUUGAUGGCACGUAUAUAAACGUGAUGGUAAAUAAUGCCGACAAGCCUAGGUAUCGGACAAGAAAAGGGCAGAUUUCGACUAACACACUCGCUGUCUGUGAUCGCAAUGGGAAAUUCAUCUAUGUGUUGCCUGGCUGGGAGGGUUCGGCCGCGGAUUCAAGAAUACUGCGUGAUUCCCUCAUACGGGUUAACGGGCUGAGAGUGCCUAAAGGCAAGUACUAUCUAUGUGAUAACGGGUAUGCCAACAGCGAGGGGUUUCUUACUCCGUACAAGGGCAUACGAUACCAUUUGAAGGAAUGGGGGCCAAACACAGCCCGCCCGCAAAAUGCAAUGGAGUUGUUCAACCUUCGCCAUUCCAAGGCACGAAACAUUAUUGAACGUGCUUUUGGAAUAAUGAAAAUGCGUUGGGGGAUAUUGAGAAGCACAACAUUUUAUCCCCCCAAGACCCAGACCCGGCUUAUCAUGGCGUGUUUCAUUCUCAAUAAUUUCAUCCGUGCGGAGAUGCCCGACGACCCAAUUGAACAAGAGUUUGAUAAUGCUGCUGCGAAUCAUACUGAAGAUACUGAGAUGGAGGGUGAUUUCAUAGAUGGAAUAGAGUCUUCUCCAGCCUGGAAUGCAGAGCGAGAUGCAAUAGCAGAAGCCAUGUGGAACAAUUAUUUGAAUAACAUGUGAAAUGCUUCGUAUCUGCAGAUUUUAGCGAGGAAAUGGGCUGUUCUUUUGGCUGUACCCAUUUGCUAGAGGGGGCUGCUUAAUUGCCUUUAUUUUUUAUUUCAAUUUCUGGAUUUGGAAACGGAAUUUCGAAUAGUUGAAACCAUUGUGGGCUUUUUUAUCAGUGAUGUUGAAACGGUGGAAUUUUAUUUGUGUUUUGUGGCAUGAUGAAUAUGUGAAAUUUUAACUGUGGUGGUCUGUGAUUUAUGAUUUAUGUUUAUUUGUUUAUAUGCUUGGAGUAUGCUCUGAUUGGGUGAUUAUGCAGUUUCUUUCUAAGCUUCUUGUAGCUAGUUUAAAAGCUUCAUCGGGUGAUUAUGCAGUUGGUUUUUCUGAUGGUUUUAUAUAUUGAUUUGGUUUCAGGCUCAUGGACAAUCGAAUGGCACCUUCUUGUAGCUGCCGUCGUGGACGGAUGUUGUUAAUGUAUGCCGGCCCAAAGGCUCAAAACCCAGGGAGAUGGUAUUAUACGUGCCCUACGAAUAGAGGUCAUAUUGGAGGCUUUAUUUGGUACGAUGAAUACCACUGUGGUAUCCUAGGUUCAGCCCCAAUCACUGGUUCAUAUCCAGCGACUACUUACCCACCACAAGAGUCUGAGCAUGCGUCGAGCUCAGUGGUUGUUGAUUCCCCACAACCGAGCUCCAGCACGCACGUUAGACUUGCACCACGAGAUGAAGUCCAAGUUCCUCUCAUCUUUUUGUUGCUUCUCACGGUCGUGUGUAGUGUUAUAGUUGGUAGGUUGUUUUAGUCACUUUAUUUGGGAUGUUAUGAUGUUUAUGGGCUACUAAACAUAUCUAUUAUUUGGCUGCCCCUCUUUUGUUUUG